CCCUCUUAAUUACACACAAAUCACUAGCAACACUCCACCCGAUUUCCAUUUAUUCUCAUGCCAUUUAGGCCCCGAUUUAUGGAAAUUUCAAACAUAAAAAGAGAUUGAAUCUUCUGGGACUCCUUCAAUCCAAUACUUUUUAACCUCAAUCUCUUGGAGAUGCAUCAUUCAUCAGAACCCGCCGUCCGAGACCCUCUGAAACCCUGGAAGCAUCUCCUCUACCCGCCUCUAAGACUCACGCUUUUAACGCCAAAUAUGAUGAAAGGGCUUUUCGCUAUCUGCAUUUUUGCUGUCUUCUCUUUCUGUUACUUCUCGGCCUUUCCCACCCCCAAAUGGCGUAGCAACUGCGCGGACUGCGACCCAACUCUCAUUCACCCCUCAUUCCGUCAAUUCGUCGGUGGUGGCGGAGAAGAAAAGACAACCAUAUCCCACAUUCUUUUCGGCAUAGGCGGCUCCGCCGAGACGUGGAGCAGUCGCCGCCAUUACUGUGAACUCUGGUGGAAACCCAAUGUAACCCGUGGUUACGUAUGGCUGGACGAGGAGCCGGGGAAGACCGGCGAGCCCUGGCCCAAAACUUCGCCUCCGUAUAAAGUCUCGGCGGAUACGUCCCGGUUUAAGUACACGAACUGGUACGGGUCGAGAUCAGCCAUUCGGAUCGCCCGGAUUGUGAAGGAGAGUUUUGAGCUUGGGUUGGAGAACGUGAGGUGGUUUGUGUUGGGAGAUGAUGAUACAGUUUUCUUCACGGAGAAUUUGGUGAAUGUGCUGAAUAAGUAUGAUCAUAAGCAGAUGUAUUACAUUGGCGGCAACUCGGAGAGCGUGGAGCAAAAUUUGGUACAUUCUUAUACCAUGGGUUAUGGCGGCGGCGGGUUUGCUAUCAGUUACCCCUUGGCGGCGGAGCUGGUGAGGAUUUUGGAUGGUUGCAUCGAUCGGUACGCGGAGUUUUACGGUUCUGAUCUGAAGAUUGGAGGCUGCAUGAGUGAGAUUGGUGUGCCUGUCACCAAAGAACUGGGUUUUCAUCAGAUGGACAUACGAGGAAGCCCAUUCGGUUUACUGUCUGCCCAUCCUUUAGCACCUCUUGUCUCACUGCACCAUCUAGACUACGUCCAGUCCUUGUUCCCGGGCACAAACCGGGUCGACUCCGUCAAGAGACUCAUACAAGCCUAUAAAUCGGAUCCAAGCCGAACACUUCAACAGAGUUUCUGCUACGACCCGAUCCGGAACUGGUCCAUAUCCGUUUCAUGGGGCUACAACGUCCAAUUAUACCCGUUUUUGGUGACAGCAAAAGACCUGAGCACCCCACUGCAGACAUUUUUAACGUUUGGGAGUUGGAGCCAGGAGCCAUUCACGUUCAAUACCCGGGUCAUGAGCUUGAAGCCCUGUGAAAGACCCAUCAUUUUUUACUUUGAUCGAGUUGAAGGGUUUGGACAUGGGCGCACGCUGACGAUGUAUAGGAGGCCUCGUCAGGACAAUAGGCGGCAGUGCGACGGCGAGAAUUAUGCGGCUGCUUAUUCCGUUAAGGGGUUUAAUGUCUCUGCACCGCUUCUUCAUCCUACAAUCUGGAACAAGGCCCCACGUAGAGAGUGCUGUGAGAUAAUGAAGGAUGCGAAUGGCGUCUUAGAGGUCAGAAUCAGAGGCUGCAAGGAAAGGGAAUCAGUAACACCGCCAUAGAUGAAGUUGAAGAAAUGAGAGGGAAGUGGGCAGCCACAUUGUACAACAUAUAUAUAAUAGUAAAGGUACAGCAGAGCAGGAUGGAUAGGUGUUGACUAUUCACAUGGACAUGCAGCAUGUGUAUAGUUGUACGUUUUACAUACUAUAUAUAUAUAUAUAGACAGAGAGUUAGUCAAUGGGAUAUAUAUAUUAGUGUCAGCAAAUUAAUAUUAAUCUUGAACAAAGUUUUCACAUUUGAUGGAUUCUCCCAACU